UGUUUUCCUUCCAUUCCUUAUAACUCGCAGGGAUCUCGAGUUAUGGGAAAGUGGAAGUGAGCGAAAAUCUUCAUUUUUUUUUACCCAAGAGCAGGUGUUGACCCUGACGUUGGAUAUGUGACUUAAAGAUGAGUUCUUCCCUCUGGAAUGGACGAGCGGGCGGAAAUUCUUCACACAAGAAUUACAAGUACAGACGUCUUUCCAGCGCUGAGAAUGGAGCAGGUAACGGGUACAUAUCAUGUGAAGAGGACGAGGAGGAGAUAUUCACAUCACAGGCCUUUGAGCUGAAGAAGAUUGUGAAGAAGUCUGAUGGUCAGGAGAAGAAGGGCUCAUCUGGCAGCAGCCCAGUUAAAUUCGUCACUGAAUAUGAGCAGCUGAUUGAUAGACCCAUACAAAGUGGAGAGACGCUCAGGAGCAUAUCUCUGAAGUACAGGAUUCCGGUAUCAGAACUGAAGAGAAUAAACAAGAUCUUCCAAGAGAACGAAUUCUUUGCCCUAAACUCUUUGAAGAUUCCGGUGAAACCCAACUCUGUUUUGGCGGAGAUGCUUGAGGAAGAGGACAAGCAGAGGCAGGAGAAUGUUGCCAGUACUCGAGCUGCAGUAUUGGGCACGAGGAGUGUCAGCAGCUGCAGUGAGUAUGAGAGUGACUCUGAGAUGCAUGUAGGCUACAUUAGCAUCAACCGCAUCUUGAAAGACACUCGCACCAAGAAGGAUGCCAAGAGGUUCCUGGACAACAUGAAGCGAGACCUGGCCCAGAUCCGUGAAAAGACCAGCACAUACAAGGAGUCCCUAGAUGAAGCUGCAGCCACUCUCACAGACCUGCGGUUUCGGCCCCUGGAGCAGCCAGACAAGUGCGAGGGGGCUGACUGGGGCAUCAGCUGGUGGAAGAUGAUGGUGGCUGCAGCAAUCCUCCUGAUUGGGAUUCCCUUGCUCUUCUUUUGGUAUUCAAGUCACAGUAGCUUUGAUGAUGGACAAGGAGGGACAGGUUAGGGAGAGAGGACUUUGAACAACUCAGGAGCACUGAGGAGCUUAGCAGAGUAAGCUCCUCAUCAAGUAUAUUAGAAACUUCCUUUUCUGGACUCUCCCUUUUCUUGCUCCUCCAAAAUAUUGAUUUAUCUCCAGUGUUUACCUAUUUGAGGAGGAAACAUGUUUAUAAUUUGUGCAUCCAUGAAACAAAGAGAAACCUUAGUGUGAUCUUUGUUGUGUAUUAUAUGGUCUACAAAUGGAACAAACUAAUAAUUUCAGCAAGUCUUAUUCCACUUUGUGUUCGAAUUUGAUUCAAGACAGAUUGUAUGUUAGGGUGAAGUGACGGCUAUGUGGAUGUUUAUGGGGGCAUUUGUGUGUGUGAGUGAGUGUGUGAGAGUGUGAGAAUGUGAGAAUGUGA